AUGACGCUUCUCCUCAAAGUGUUACAGCUCUUACUAUUUCUACUUGACUUUAUUCAAGCUAAUACGGUAACCAUAAAAAAUUCAGGUGGUCAAGCAAUCAAUGUUGGUUUCUUCAAGAAUUUGGGUGAUAAUCAGCCGUCAUUUGUGGCUGAGCGAAAUAUUCGUGUUGAUGGCAGAGGAGGAAGUCAGACUAUCGCUCCUGGACGCAAGUGGGAAGGAAGAGUACAAAAGAUCACUGGUGCUCCGGCAGAUCCAGCCACAUGGGUUGAAUUUCAUUUUAAUGCAUGGCAAGAUAUGACCUUUGGCGAUGUGAGUUUGAUUUGUGGCUAUAACGGUGCAGUACGACUUACAAGUAAAGAUGGAAAUUUGAACCGCGGCUUCUCACAAAAUCUCUAUUCUCAUGCUCCUCAGAAAUAUAAAAUUCGUGAUUCAAAUGGAAAGCCCGUACUCGCUGCUACAGAAACGUAG